ACCAGGAUGGAGAAUCAAUAACUCAGUAAAUACUGCAGGUCACUGACCAGGAUGGAGAAUCAAUAACUCAGUAAAUACUGUAUCUCACUGACCAGGAUGGAGAAUCAAUAACUCAGUAAAUACUGCAGGUCACUGACCAGGAUGGAGAAUCAAUAACUCAGUAAAUACUGUAUCUCACUGACCAGGAUGGAGAAUCAAUAACUCAGUAAAUACUGCAGGUCACUGACCAGGAUGGAGAAUCAAUAACUCAUUAAAUACUGCAGGUCACUGACCAGGAUGGAGAAUCAAUAACUCAUUAAAUACUGCAGGUCACUGACCAGGAUGGAGAAUCAAUAACUCAGUAAAUACUGCAGGUCACUGACCAGGAUGGAGAAUCAAUAGCUCACGGCAGGUCUGGGAAGUAUGUCAAGUAUGUAACAGAAUAAAAUAUGGACGUAGCCAUGGCUAUGGGUUCCGGCUUGGCUGUUUGCGUUUCUCAAGGAAUAGGAUGCCAUUUUGAAUGCAGACCGUGUAUUGGGCCCACACCAGCACCACACCAACAAUGACUUCCUCUGUCAUGUGGUCCCAGAUCCAAAGUUAGAGGACCAUGGGAGGUGCGGUGGUGGACGAGGGACCUGGGGGGGUGAAGGCACCAGACGGGGGGUGGGGCUGGGCUGUGCUGUCCGGCUGUUUCGUCAUCACUGGGUUCUCCUACGCCUUCCCCAAGGCUGUCAGCGUGUUCUUCAAGGAGCUGAUCAGAGAGUUCGACGUGGGGUACAGCGACACAGCAUGGAUCUCAUCUAUACUGCUGGCUAUGCUGUACGGCACAGGUCCUCUGUGCAGUGUGUUGGUGAAUCGUUACGGGUGUCGUCCGGUGAUGAUGGUGGGGGGACUUUUUGCCUCUCUGGGGAUGAUUCUGUCUUCCUUCUCCACCAGCAUCCUCCACAUCUACCUCUCUACUGGAGUCAUUACAGGUCUGGGCCUGGCGUUGAACUUCCAGCCGUCUCUGAUCAUGCUGAAUCGCUACUUCAGUGAGAAGAGGCCCCUGGCUAACGGCCUGGCUGCUGCUGGGAGUCCUGUGGCCCUCUGCUGCUUAUCACCUCUGGGACAGCUGUUGCAGUACCAGUACGGUUGGAGAGGAGGCUUCCUCAUCCUCGGAGGGCUCCUGCUCAACUGCUGCGCCUGCGCGGCCCUCAUGAGGCCCCUAGUGGCCCCUCCUAAACCCCACCAGCGGGAAGACGUAGAGAAGGAGGGAAAAGAGUUGGAGGUAGAGAAGACCCAGUCCAAACCCAAACCUCUCCUGGACUUCAGUGUGUUUAAGGACAGGGGUUUCCUGAUCUACACCAUAGCUGCAUCUAUUAUGGUUCUGGGUCUGUUUGUGCCACCGGUGUUCGUGGUGAGCUAUGCCAAAGAGCUGGGCAACGAAGACACCAAGUCGGCCCUCCUCCUAUCCAUCCUCGGCUUCAUAGACAUCUUCGCCCGGCCCACCUGUGGCAUCAUCGCUGGGCUGAAGUGGGUCAGGCCCAGAGUUGUUUACCUGUUCAGCUUUGCCAUGAUCUUUAAUGGAUGCACUGACCUGGUGGGAUCUCAGGCGAAGGACUACCCGUCUCUGGUGGUGUUCUGUGUGUUCUUCGGGAUCUCCUACGGCAUGGUCGGGGCGCUACAGUUUGAGGUUCUCAUGGCGAUCGUUGGCACGGAGAAAUUCUCCAGCGCUAUAGGACUGGUGUUGCUCAUGGAAGCUAUUGCUGUGCUGGUGGGACCACCUGGAGCAGGUCGGCUGCUGGACGCCACUAAGAACUACAUGUACGUGUUCCUGCUGGCAGGAAUUGAGGUGGUCCUCGCCGCCGUGGUCCUGGCCACGUGUAACUUCCUGUUCAUCAGGAAGAAGCCCACGGAACCCGCUGCGGAACUGGAGAACGGAACGGUUUCCGCGGAAAUGGAGCUUCUCAACAAGCCUGUUGCUGCUGAGGAAGAGGAGGAGGAAGUAGAGAAGGGGGAGAAAGAGGUGAAGGAGAUGAAGGAGAAAGAGGAGAAGGAGAAAGAGGAGGUGAAGGAGAUGAAGGAGAAAGAGGAGGUGAAGGAGAUGAAGGAGAUGAAGGAGGAAGCGGUUGAGAAAGCAAAGGAGGACGAGGAAGACAGUGAGAAAAAGAAGGAGGAAGAGAAAAAGAAGGAGGAGAUCAGGCCUGAGAGCGUAAUGGUGGUCUCAGAAGAAGUGGAGAGCUUCCUUAAAGAACCAGAAGAACAAAAUGGUGCCUUGCUCUCCAGUUUUGAGACACGUCUGUAGGAGGAAGAGAACCUGGCACAGGACAAACUACAGACUUUAAACUUAAACACUGCCAAGGGCACUUUAAAGGGCACUAAGAAUUGUACUCCGCAGUGUACUUUGAAGGGCACUAAAAAGUGUACUUAGAAGUGGGCCAAGAAAGUGCUUAGAAAAGCAUACUGGGGAAGACACAGCUGGUCCUAGCAGUAUCCUCCUGUAUCUAGUUGAGGUGUUGUUGUGUUGUUAUGUUGUGUAGCUGUUCUCUGUGGGCUGUGUGCCAUAUCAACAACAAUAACACACACACACACACACACACACACACACACACACACACACACACACACACACACACACACACACACACACACACACACACACACACACACACACACACAAUCGUUAAGUGAAACUGAUAAAUGUCAAGUGAAUAGCCGUGUUAAUAGUGUUGUGCCCUGCCGUGUGAAUUGUGAAGCUACCAGUGUGUAGUGCUGCAGGGCGAUAUAUGGUAGACACCAUGUUGUUGUCUGUAACAAUGUGGAAUAAAUACCGUCACUUCCUACCACUGUUACUCUGGAACACAACAUUACAAGUGUUCCGGAACUUUAACUAAACCCAGCGUGGAACAUUCCGCUGUCAGUCAACAUUCCGCUGUCAUUCAACAUUCCGCUGUCAGUCAACAUUCCGUUGAGUGGCAGAAUGAGGAAUGAAUGGAUAGAUAUCUGGCUACUGUUAUGCAUAUCAUUUCACUCGGAGCUUUGGCACAGACGUUUAAAGGUAUAGUGAUGUUGAAUGGUUGAAUUUCACUCUGUAACCUUGUAGAGAUUGUAGACUUUAUUAGACUAGGACACACAGAGAGAGAGAGAGAUGCCAAUGAGAACACUAGACUAGUAUCCCUGGUUACCUCCCUAAUGGCACCCAGACAGAGAGAUGCCAAUGAGAACACCAGACUAGUAUCCCUGGUUACCUCCCUAAUGGCACCCAGACAGAGAGAUGCCAAUGAGAACACCAGACUAGUAUCCCUGGUUACCUCCCUAAUGGCACCCAGACAGAGAGAUGCCAAUGAGAACACCAGACUAGUAUCCCUGGUUACCUCCCUAAUGGCACCCAGACAGAGAGAUGCCAAUGAGAACACCAGACUAGUAUCCCUGGUUACCUCCCUAAUGGCACCCAGACAGAGAGAUGUCAAUGAGAACACCAGACUAGUAUCCCUGGUUACCUCCCUAAUGGCACCCAGACAGAGAGAUGCCAAUGAGAACACCAGACUAGUAUCCCUGGUUACCUCCCCAAUGGCACCCAGACAGAGAGAUGCCAAUGAGAACACCAGACUAGUAUCCCUGGUUACCUCCCUAAUGGCACCCAGACGGAGAGAUGCCAAUGAGAACACCAGACUAGUAUCCCUGGUUACCUCCCUAAUGGCACCCAGACAGAGAGAUGCCAAUGAGAACACCAGACUAGUAUCCCUGGUUACCUCCCUAAUGGCACCCAGACAGAGAGAUGCCAAUGAGAACACCAGACUAGUAUCCCUGGUUACCUCCCUAAUGGCACCCAGACAGAGAGAUGCCAAUGAGAACACCAGACUAGUAUCCCUGGUUACCUCCCUAAUGGCACCCAGACAGAGAGAUGCCAAUGAGAACACCAGACUAGUAUCCCUGGUUACCUCCCUAAUGGCACCCAGACAGAGAGAUGCCAAUGAGAACACCAGACUAGUAUCCCUGGUUACCUCCCUAAUGGCACCCAGACAGAGAGAUGCCAAUGAGAACACCAGACUAGUAUCCCUGGUUACCUCCCUAAUGGCACCCAGACAGAGAGAUGUCAAUGAGAACACCAGACUAGUAUCCCUGGUUACCUCCCCAAUGGCACCCAGACAGAGAGAUGCCAAUGAGAACACCAGACUAGUAUCCCUGGUUACCUCCCCAAUGGCACCCAGACAGAGAGAUGCCAAUGAGAACACCAGACUAGUAUCCCUGGUUACCUCCCUAAUGGCACCCAGACGGAGAGAUGCCAAUGAGAACACCAGACUAGUAUCCCUGGUUACCUCCCUAAUGGCACCCAGACGGAGAGAUGCCAAUGAGAACACCAGACUAGUACCCCUGGUUACCUCCCUAAUGGCACCCAGACGGAGAGAUGCCAAUGAGAACACCAGACUAGUAUCCCUGGUUACCUCCCUAAUGGCACCCAGACGGAGAGAUGCCAAUGAGAACACCAGACUAGUAUCCCUGGUUACCUCCCUAAUGGCACCCAGACAGAGAGAUGCCAAUGAGAACACCAGACUAGUAUCCCUGGUUACCUCCCUAAUGGCACCCAGACGGAGAGAUGCCAAUGAGAACACCAGACUAGUACCCCUGGUUACCUCCCUAAUGGCACCCAGACAGAGGUACCCUGUUUCUGUUUGUUUCAGUGUCAUAACAUUAACUACGAUGGCAGAAAUAGGUCACACUGUUUCUAGACUUCACAGUUUAAUCUGUAGAUGCUGGGUGAGUCCCAAAUGGAACUCUACUCCCUAUAUAGUGCACUACUUUUUUUUAUACCAGGGUCCCCAUAGGGCUCUGUUCAAAACUAGUGCACUAUAUAGGGAAUAGGGUUCCAUUUGGAACCAGUCUGGCAGAACUAGCUGACAGAAACCAUUCAGUCCGGAGGAACCAACGACCUCCCAUGCAGAUCUAAAAAACACAGAACUUUAAAAAAUGUAUUGAUACAUGUAUUGAUAAAUGUAUUGAUAGAUGUAUUGAUAAAUGUAUUGAUACAUGUAUUGAUACAUGUAUUGAUACAUGUAUUGAUAGAUAUAUUGAUAAAUGUAUUGAUACAUGUAUUGAUACAUGUAUUGAUAGAUAUAUUGAUAAAUGUAUUGAUACAUGUAUUGAUACAUGUAUUGAUAAAUGUAUUGAUACAUGUAUUGAUAGAUAUAUUGAUAAAUGUAUUGAUAAAUGUAUUGAUAAAUGUAUUGAUAGAUGUAUUGAUAGAUGUAUUGAUAGAUGUAUUGAUAGAUGUAUUGAUAAAUGUAUUGAUAGAUGUAUUGAUAGAUGUAUUGAUAAAUGUAUUGAUACAUGUAUUGAUAGAUGUAUUGAUAAAUGUAUUGAUAGAUGUAUUGAUAGAUGUAUUGAUAGAUGUAUUGAUAGAUGUAUUGAUAAAUGUAUUGAUAGAUGUAUUGAUAAAUGUAUUGAUAGAUGUAUUGAUAGAUGUAUUGAUACAUGUAUUGAUAGAUGUAUUGAUAAAUGUAUUGAUAGAUGUAUUGAUAAAUGUAUUGAUAGAUGUAUUGAUAGAUGUAUUGAUAGAUGUAUUGAUAGAUGUAUUGAUAAAUGUAUUGAUAGAUGUAUUGAUAGAUGUAUUGAUAGAUGUAUUGAUAGAUGUAUUGAUAGAUGUAUUGAUAGAUGUAUUGAUAAAUGUAUUGAUAGAUGUAUUGAUAGAUGUAUUGAUAGAUGUAUUGAUAGAUGUAUUGAUACUUUAUGUCAGUAUUAGUUAAGGAAGGCUAAUAUCCGUUUCAUGCUAAGCUAUAUUUAUAUCCUUGUUCACUGCGUGUUCUGUUUUCUCAGUGCUGCAUGUUAACAGAUAAAGACGAUGUUGACGUGGA